GGGGGCUCUGCCUCCAUCCGCCGCUGGGGCCGGGCCGCCAUGGACGACCUGGGGGACUCUGGCGCCCCAUCUUUCCUGCUUCGCCCCCGUAUAGUGGUGUUUGAUGCCCUGCUGGCUGAUUUGGAGACCACCACCUCUCACAUUUCCAAGCGCCCAGUACUGCUCACGGACUCUGGGGCAGCCCACGCCAACGGGCUGGGGCAGGAUGGGACGCCUGAGGCCAGGCCCCCUCCUCCACCCUACAACCCUCAGCAGCAGGCCAUGUCCGUGGACCCCCUGCCUGUCUCUGCCCCGCCUAGUGGGGGCGAUAAAGAGCAUCUCUACAGCACUGUCUGCAAGCCCCGCUCACCCCGGCCCAAGGAGCCAGCCGCGCCACCCUUCUCCUCGUCCAGUGGGGUGCUGGGUGCUGGCCUCUGUGAGCUGGACCGGCUGCUGCAGGAGCUCAAUGCCACACAAUUCAACAUCACAGACGAAAUCAUGUCCCAGUUCCCAUCCAACAAGGGCCCUGAUGGGGAGAAGCGGAAGGAGAAGCCAGAGGAUGCUGGAGAAGGGGGGUCUCCAAGCCACUCUGCUGGCUCCACCUCCCCUCCUGUGAAGCCAUCAGCCACAUCUGCUACCCUGGAGCUGGACAAACUCAUGGCCUCAUUGUCGGACUUCAGAGUCCAGAGCAACCUCCCAGGGGUCUCGGCUGCGCCACCCCCGGCCCCCGCCCGAGUCUCCCUGGCACAGCAGCCAGUGAUGUCAUCUGUCUGCCCCAGCCCCUCUGGGCCGCCCCCCCCAGGAGCGCCGGCCCCACAGGGUGGCAACUUGGACAGCAUGCUGGUGAUGCUGCAGUCGGACCUGAGCCGCCAGGGGAUCUCCACCAGCACCAAGGGGCUGUGUGCCUCCUGCCAGAAACCCAUCGCUGGGCAGGUGGUGACGGCGCUGGGCAACACCUGGCACCCCGAACACUUCGUCUGCACCCACUGCCAGAAGGAGAUGGGAGGCAGCAACUUCUUCGAGAAGGAUGGUGCCCCCUACUGUGAGAGAGACUACUUCCAGCUUUUCUCGCCCCGCUGCGGCCUCUGCAACGAGCCCAUCCUGGAUAAAAUGGUGACAGCUCUGGACAAGAACUGGCACCCGGAGCAUUUCUGCUGUGUGAAGUGCGGGAGGCCCUUCGGGGAGGAAGGCUUCCAUGAGAAGGACGGCCAGCAGUACUGCCGCCAGGACUUCUACGAGCUCUUCUCCACGCGCUGCCAGGGCUGUGGCCAGGCCAUCCUGGAGAACUACAUCUCAGCCCUCAGUGCCCUCUGGCACCCUGAGUGCUUUGUCUGCAGGGAGUGCUAUGCGCCGUUCCUGCAGGGCAGUUUUUUCGAGCAUGACGGGAGGCCCUUCUGCGAGACGCACUACCACAGCAGCGGGGCUCGCUGUGCUGGGCUGCGAGAAGCCCAUCGCUGGCGCCUGCUCACCGCCAUGGCCCGCAAGUUCCACCCCGAGCACUUCGUCUGCGCCUUCUGCCUCAAGCAGCUUAACAAGGGCACCUUCAAGGAGCAAACGACAAGCCCUAGUUGCCACCCCUGCUUCCUCAAGCUCUUCGGCUGAGCCCCGCCCUUCUCCAGGCAGGCCCCACCCCCGGGCCCGGCCACUCCCCCAACAGGGCCCACCCCCUGUCCUAGCCACUCCCCCAACAGCCCCUCCCCCUGUCCCUAGCCACA